AUGUCGAAUGUCUUUAGUCCACUUGCUGCUAAACUUAGGGACAACAAAUUAACCAGGUCAAACUAUGUUGACUGGAAAAAAAAUCUUCACAUUGUACUUACUGCACAAGAGUACAAAUUUGUGCUCACUCAAGAGUGCCCUCCUAUGCCUGGCCCUGAUGACAGCCAGGAGUUAAAAGAAAUGUAUGAGAAGUGGCAAAAAGCUGAUGAAAUAGCUAAGUGCUAUAUUUUAGCUUCGAUGUCAAACGUUUUACAACAUCAGCAUCAGUCUUUUGUCACUGCUCAUGACAUUUUGCUGAACCUUAAGGAAAUGUUUGGGGAACAAAGUAGAGCGGUAUGA